AUGGUGACGUCAGAGGAUUCAAAACUGAAUAUAUAUGAGGACACAAAAUUAUUAUGGUCUUGUGAUUUGAAUCAUAAAGCUAUAUCGAUUUCGCGAUGUUUCUUAAACUCUUUGUCGGGAGGUAUAGUGACGUUGUCAGAAGACGGAACGGUAAUUGUCAGUUAUUUGGGUACGGAACCCGAUUUAAAUUCCAAUGCUAACCCAAUUACCGAAACUAUAGACCCUGGAGAGGUUCAGUUGCAAAUAGAUGAAGUUGAAAAGUCACUACAAAAGGUUUUGGACGCGAAAGAGGAAAUUGAAGAAACCUACGCCGAUUUAGAACGUGUUAUAACAAGUAAAAUCACUAUCGGCAAACCGAUUAAAACUUCAACUGACUACACUAUGGAACCGGUCACUGUUUGCCCGGUAUUUGUAACAAUUACAACAAAAGAGCCCAAAUUAAUCCAAAGUAUACAAGUUACAUAUGACUGUACAGCACCUUUUGUUAGUUCUGAAACCACAGUCUGCUUAGAGAAUAUAAAUGGAACAGAAAUUAUUGAGACUUUUAUUCAUUUAUUGGGCUCGUUAAAUGUAACACGAACAAGUAUAAUGAUUAUUCUAACGAUCAUUGACGCAACUGGUAAAAUAAGAACAAUAGAAAAAACAGCGUUUGUACCACUAACAUUAUUCUGUUCAUUUGUGGAACCAGUAUUAGACCAUGACUUUAAAUUACCGAUAAAGUUAAAUCGGUCUGAAAUAACUUUCAAAGAUAUAGUUAAUGAUUUUACUGAAGAGGAACUAGGAACUGACUUUUUAUCCGAAAACAUUAUUUCUUUCGUCUAUCACAAUUCAGAUAAAACUGUGACUUUGAAAAUUUCCGAUGGUAUAUGUUCAAUAGAGGCGAACACAUUUUCGGAAAUAGUACCAAUAGUUGAAUAUUUCAUACAAAAUCUUAAUCACCGCGUGGAUCGAAAAGUUAUAGAUUUUCAAAUAUUCUGUGACUUUGACGGAGAAAUAAUAAGACAGAUAAUGCAAACCUUUUUGAAGUCGAUCGAAGGUCACGUGAAAGAACGGAUAAUAUUAAAAAGUUUACAGGAGGAGCUCAAUGUACUUCAAAGACAAUUUACCGUGAUUCAGAAACGACUUCUGGUUCAAUAUGGCUCCCACCCGCCUGGUAACUGCGACAGUUUAGAAUUUCUCAUGAAGGACACCUACGAACGCAUUAAAACCGUUUCAAACAAUAUAUUGGAGAGCAAAGAAUACGUAUUGAGGGCCAGCGGCAGUGUAAGAGGUGCGGGUUAUCUUUUAAUGAAUAUACUUAGAGAUGCCAUUCCUGAUAAUUCGAACGAAUGGGAGGAAGCCGUUUUUCAGGGAUCGUCAUACAUAUUAAACAAAAUAUUACAAAAAUCCGACAAAGAUAAAGAAAAACUCGCACCUCUCACAGAUCAAGACAUUCUCUCGAAGACCAAUGUGAAGAAAUUACUUAAACAGCUGCGUUUGAUACUGGAAAAAGUUUUUAGCGAAAUAAAGGACAUAACAGACCUCGGGAGCGACACACGCGUACAAGAAUUUGUAGAAGUUAUAUAA